GUUACAGCGGACAUUCCUUUCUCCUCCCUCUUGUUCAUUUGUAAGUGUUCACUCAGCCAGGGCGGAAGUUCUCGCCAUUUUGACUAGACGACCUUUACGCUCCCGGAUAUUCCCAGCCUAGUCAAGAUCCGUUAUCCCUGGUGCACACCUGCAGAUUUCAGUUGUAUUAGCCUGCAAAUUGGAGGGGUGGAGUCGUCGUAAUGCAUGUGAAGUGACUUUAAUGCCUACUCAUUAACAAGAGCACAAACUACAUUUGGAUAAGUGCUAACAAGCCUUUAGUAACUUGGUGGAGAUGGCAUUGCAAAUGAAUGUAUCGGGCAUUCGUCGCAAUUUGAAAAAUAUUGCCCACAAUUACACAGAUGCACAGAUUAAAGUGCGUGAAGCAACCAGCAAUGAUCCAUGGGGACCCUCUUCUACCCUUAUGUCAGAAGUUGCUGACCUGACUUACAAUGUGGUGGCCUUUACAGAAAUAAUGCAAAUGAUCUGGAAAAGAUUGAAUGACCAUGGACGGAACUGGAGACACGUUUAUAAAGCACUUGUUUUGUUAGAAUACCUCAUUAAGACUGGUAGUGAGAAGGUUGCAGAUCAGUGUAAAGAAAAUAUUUUUGCUAUCCAAACAUUGAAGGAUUUUCAGUAUUUAGAAGAAAAUAAAGAUCAAGGAAUGAAUGUUCGAGAAAAAGCCAAAGCUCUUGUGACGCUUCUGAAAGAUGAUGAGCGACUUCGGAAUGAAAGAGUACGAGCCCUUAAAGCCAAAGAGAGAUUUGCACAGAGCGUUUCGGGUAUUGGCAGUGAUAGUGACAUAAGCUCUCCCACUAGUCCCUCUUAUGCUGAUACUUAUGUUACGAGUUCUUCACGGCCUGCUGAACGAAAUGCUUAUGGUAUUAAAGAUGGUCCUUCUGGAUUAGAACCUCAGCUUGAGGCUGCACGUCCUCAGACAGUUGGUGAAGAAGAAUUGCAGCUACAACUGGCGCUAGCCAUGAGCAAAGAGGAAGCGGAACAGGAGGAACAAAAACAGCGUUCUGAUGACGUGAGGCUGCAGAUGGCCAUCACCCAGAGUGAGGAAGAUUUUAAGAAAGAUUGGUCGCCAUCGGAGUUCAAACGUCACCAGAAAGAGGACAUGUCGGCAAUGAAUGAUCUUCUAGAUAUCAAUUUUAAUCCUCAUGGUGGGGUAAAUGGGGCUCGUGCACGUUCAUCAUCUACUCCGCCUAUGUCCACCACCCUUGAUCCCUGGGGCAUGCCGACUCCUGCCACUACUGCUUCUCCACAGCACACCUCUCUACCCAAGAGUUUUCCUGCUGCAGGCUUCACUCCAACGCCACCCCCUGUCCCCCCUCUCCCAACCACCAGUACCUCAUUCCCAUCCUCUUUCCCAACUUCUAAGAUAACUUUCAGACACUCAAAUCCUCCUCUGUUAAGUUCAUCAGCUGCUCUCCUAUUUGAGCAGUGGCAUCGUUCAACUAGCCCUCCAAACCCUUUUCUGGAAGAGCCAAAUAUUGUGCCACUUGUUUCACAGGGUCAUCAAGGAAGCACUUUGCCUUCAGUUACAAAUGUGUCACGUUCAGCUUCCCUCUUUCUCUCUCCUCCACAAUCACAAAAUGUUUCUUCUUCUCUACCAUCCAAUUAUUCACUAUUUCCUCAGAUGUCCACCCCAUUUCUCAGUCCUCCUCUCCAUCGCUCCUCUGUCUCUGCUCCUCGGCCAGCUUCAUCUCUUUCUUACAUUACUCCUUCUGAAGCACCUGUAGGCUUAUCCUCACCUUCCCCUUCCUCGUACAACCCUUGGGGUGCUGUUCAGGUCAACAUAGCAACUGUUGAAAUGCCUCCUUCAGUUAAGACAGACCCCUGGGGAAUGGCUCUCCCAAAUGGUGGCUCAGAAACUCCUAAACAGCCUGAUCCAUGGGGUUCUCCAGCAUCAGGCCCUCCUUCACGUGUCACAUCUCCACCAACUACAAGUGAUCCUUGGGGUCCUCCACCUGCCAGAUCACCCGAACCACCAAUGGGAGGAAUAUGUGGAAAUGAUCCUUGGGCAGUGCUAGGCAUCAUACCACCUGCUAAAAGCUCCACGCCUCCAGUUGUUGGCACCAACGACCCCUGGGAUCCAGUACCCGCAAAGCCACAAACUAAAGAUCCCUUUGCACCAAUUUCACCUACAAACAACGGAGAUGUGGAUGAGUUCUCAGCUUUGUCAAUAAGGGAUAAACCAGCUAAUAACGGUGUCUCAGAUGCUUUUGAUUUAAGUGGGCUGGGUUCGGCUAUUCCUGACAAUAACAGAGUUCCUCCACCAAAAUCAAAGUCUCCAGCAGCCUUCUUGGGAGAGAACUCCAACCUUGUUAAUUUGGACAACCUUGUCUCUGCCAAGCAAUUGCCUGCUAGCUUAGACUUUACAGGCUGUAGGCUCAACAGGCUGCAGAUAUGAGCUUCUUCAUUGCUAUUGGACUGUUGGACGUGGGCCUUAACAACAAUUUAUUGCUUUACCCUUGGUCUUGUGGUAUCCUUUGCUUCUGAUAUAAAAUAGAAUUUUAGAAAGCAGUACAGUAGUGUGUAUUUAGUGGAUUCUGCUCUCAAUAUACAGUACUUGAAAUUGUAAUUUGGUUACAAUUGCCAAUUGUAAUUAUAGAAAUCUUGUAUUUGAUAUCAAAGUCAGAUUUAUAGCACAUACACUAAUAUAUUGUUUCAAUACUGUAAUAAAUGAAACUACUGGUAAUGCAUUCUAAUGUUUCAUGUGUUUCAUCCUAAUGUUUCUUGAAUCAUCUGCUCUUUCCACAUAGUGAAAGUUUCAUCUGCUAUAAUCAGACCAAACCCUCACCAGAUUGCUGUUAAGUCAUUAUUAAAACAUCUGUCGAGUCUUUCACUAGCUCUAACUGUAAAGUUUUACACUAAUGCGUAUUACACGUGAACUGAAUAAUCUUAAUACAGUAUAUACUUUUAGGAGCAUUUUGUGUAUAAAUUAUUACAGUACAUCUCAUUGUCUAAUCUAAUGGUUAAUGGUUAAUUAAAAUAAAACUAUAGGAAUAUUAAUUUGAUAAAUCAUCCGGAUAUACAUAAUUGUAUAAUGUAUUUAAAGUAUCAUUAACUUGUAUAAAUUCUCUAUGUACUAAAUCUUUAAGUAGAACGACAAAACUUUCAAUAAUAUAUUUGAACUAGUGUAUUCAAUGUGGGCCAGUGCUGUAUCCUUUAUAUGGCUUAGUAACAAGACGUUACAAAGGAAUUUUAUCAUAUCUCUGUAUUCCUAUGUUUAUUAUCUAUUCAAAUACAUGAAGAAGCUGCUUUAUUAGGCACAAAUCAUUAGAUUUGGUAAUGAAAUGCUUUGUACAGUUGCAAUGUUGUGGGCUGAUUACCAACUUUCUACAAUUUCUAGUUUUGGGUUAAUACCAGUGUACAACAAAGCUCUCUUUCUUGUAUUGCUUCCUGAAACACUUCCCAAGGCAUUUUUCAAGGGACUGUAUUUUUUUGUAUUACGACAAUUUCAUAAGCUGCAAACUGGAGGCAAACUACACCAAUCAAAACAAACUCCCUGCUACCCCUCGCACAGUCUAUUGAUGAAUGUAUUUGUAACCGGUAGUUACGUAAAGUCAGUAUACCAGUUAAUCCACAUUUCCUGUUGCUGAAACACCAGAUACAUGUUCCACUCUAUUUUGAACUCCUAUUAUUAAUUACAGUAUAGUAUUCAGUAAAGUUCUUGACAGUAAUCAUUCUUAUAUUUAUUUUGGCACCUAAUUAAAACAAAAAUUCUUGUAAUGGUAAUAAUUAGUAAUAGGAGUUUUGUGAUCUACCUCUUCCUGAGGACAGAUUAUCCUGAAGAGAUCUUUGCACUGUGCACAAAUGACAUUUGGCCUAAUUGUUGUCAUUCAGAAUACAAGUCUAGUCUUCCAAAAGCCUUAAUGUUGAUCAUGCUUGUAAUUAGUUUCCUGCUGAUUAAGGAAUCAGCCAGUUGAGUACAAGGUCUAGAAGAAGUGAAUUUAUAUCACAAUUCAGUUCCUUGAAUUGUAAACAGUACAGUGGAGUAAAAAAAAAAAAGUUUGCUUAUUUGUUUUUCAGGCUGGAUAAAAGUUCAGUUAGAGCAGUGCUUAUGCACUAAUGGCUGUCUGUGAUGAGUUAUCCUGUCACCUUUUAAUGGUUAUAUAUUUCACUUAUGUGUUGAGUGCAGCUCUGCUUACUAAUUUGCCACACAUCCAAUCAGUUACUUAUUUCAAGAUAAUUGGUAAUACUUGUACUAUAUAUUCUUGUAUAAUUUUUUUCCUAUUUUUUGGAUCCCCCAAAUUUUUGUUAGCGCAAAUGAUAAAAUAUGUAUUUGCAUACAUUUUGAUGGCACAAUCACAUUAAUUAGAAAUCCGAGUGCUGCAAAAUUUAUUACUUUCAACAAGGAAAACAUGCUGAGGUUGGAUAUUAUGGAAAUGAAAAAUUCUGCUCUGGACUCUUGCAUUUCGACGGAAAUAUAUUAAGAUCAUUGUUAUGAGUAGAUAUCAUUAAGAAAAUUACAAAAUAACAAUUAAAUUAUUACAGUAAUAUAUAGGGUAUAUUUUGAUUGUGUAUUGUAUUUAUAUUUUUGUGGGGGGCCUGUCUACUGGAUUUUCCUUGGGUAGCAUGGCUUGUGCAUUGUUUUAGGGCCAUAAGUGGGGCUUGUUUUCCCCUCCACCCUACUGGGUUUUUGGGCGACUACAUGUACUAGCAGUUCUAGGACUACCAUGUGGGUCAUCCAUUGUAGGAAGCACAGUGUGGAUAGAAUGGGCGACCAUAGUGGGGAAAAGGGGUCAUUUGAACCAGGGUGGGCAAACUCUCGGUUUAAUUGUCAAGAAAGGAAGCUGGGCUCGGUAUAAGGUACUCCAUCUGCUUUGCUCUUGAUCCUUCAUCUUGAUGCUGUGCAUCAUAAUGGCUUGCACAUGAUCUCUGGGACCUUUUGUCCUAUGCCAGCCCAGAGUUUGUAUGUGGAAAUCAGUAUUUCAUCGUUACAAGAUGGCUGUAAUCGCUAUUGGCUCUGAUGCUUCAUGCAGGUCCUUCAUAAUGCACAUUCAUGCUUAUGCUUCAUUUGACUGAUGUCAUCUUCCCAUUGAGAGCCUUGUACACAUUUUAUUUUACUAGAAGUAAUGCUCACUUAUAGGAGCUACUGUUUGCAUGUCUGCAAUGUGUUCUCUCAUAUUUUGCCUACAUCACCCCUUUGGCAAAUCCUGUUUGUAAAAGUUUGCCAAGCCUUAUGCUGUACAAUGAAAGCUUAUACACUAUUCCCAUUUUCCCCUUUUCCCUACUAUCCUGAAAUAUUUUUUCUUGACUACAGUACUUCCCUUGCCAUUCAUGUACUGUUGAUCUUUUUAUGGCAGAGUCAGAAUCUGCUGGCUGUGUUGGCUUUGCCAUUAUUUUUCUGAUAAAAUUAAAUUUUUUGUAAAGUAUUUAUGCUGUAGAGAAUUGUAAUAUUUCAUGCUUAAAGACCAUUACUUUUCAUGUGCCAAAGUUUGUUAUUGUAUUAUCAUUGAGAUAAUUUUUCGUGGUCCUUGAAUCAUUUAACCACAGUAAGUGAGAUAGAGUACAACAUUAACUGUGGCUUAUCUCUAACAGAUUUUACUCAUUCUAGUUUUAUUGGGUUCCCAGCCAUAUCUGUGAUGCCUUUAACGAUCUCGCAGAUGCCCGUCCCAUCUCUCAGAAAUGAGUUCCUUGCUCAGAUAUUUGCAUUAUCAUUCAUACUGCAAUCUGCCACAGUUGGAGAGAGAUGAGCUGUUCCAAAUAACAAAUGAUGUAUUAUUAAUUAAUUGUAACUCAAGUCUGUGGCCUUCCUUUCGCCAAAACAGGACGUGGGGAAACUACUCUGGCUAGGUCACGUAUUGAUCCAACAUGAUACUUGUGGGCACAAAAUGUUAUUGUUCUGGUAGCAAUUGCAUACCUCCACAUAGAAUGUCUUGAUUUUUAGGAUGAGCAUAAAUUUUGGUUUUCCACUGUUCCUCGAGUCGUACAUCCCUUGAUAAAAUCUUUGGUGAAAUCCUUGGUGAAAUUUAUCCCCCAUUGACAUCACUUGUCUUAUUUCUGUCUGCUCUUGCAUUGACAUCCUUACUAAUAUCUAGGAACCUUUAACUGUUCUAGCUUGGCAUCUUCUUUUGAUUACUUAUUACUACUACCAUAUAAUCAUUACAACUAUGAAAUAUGCUAACAUGUUUAUACAGUAACAUACUUGAUAGCUAUCUUAAUUUUUAUAUUCCCUCACCCCUCCACAUCCCUAUUUUUUUAUUUUGCUAGUUCAUCUUGUUGAAGGCCCUAACUUUGGUUUUAGAUAGGAUACAAACUCAUUGUUCAGGAUCUUUCAUUAUUAUUAUUUUACUAUUUCCCAUUUUCCAUAAGAAAGGGUAGCUUUAACCCAGAAUAAAAUUAGUUGUAGUAGUAGUAUAGAGAGAAUACUUAAAAUAUAUAAACUUGUUUAUAUAUUUUGUUUACACUUUUACUUAACAUAUACAAUAUUACACACUAUACGGCAUUACUGAAAACCAGCAUCACCAUACUCCAGAUGUCAUCCACAGCACUUGGUCCUUCCCCCUUUCAACUGCUUUUUAAGACGUGAUAUUGUGGCUCUGCUCGAAAACGCUCUUAUGGAUGACGUGUAGUAGACAUAGGACAUGAUGUGGACCAGGCAUGUCAAACAUGCAGCCAAGCACAGGCCUGCACGAUGGAUACUGUAAUUUGAUCAUAUGCUUUUUCUUUUGGUAAACUACUUCAUUACUUUGCAUUCAUGAAUGUGGCUAGCUUCUAAACCAUUUGUAUGCACAUUGUAUGUUUCUAAGUUUAAGUAAUACAAAUAUUAUGCAAUAAUUGUAAUUAAAUGACUUCAAUUAGUAGUCAUGUGUGGCCCUCACGACUGCACAAAUAUGACCCAUAUAGCCCUCGGGGGACCCUCAGUAGGCUACAUCUGCAGAAAACUGGAAACAUUCUGGCGAGGCAAACAUUUUGCCUGGCUUUGUUAUCAGAUAUGUAGUUUUGAAAAGGAUAAGUAGGGGCUAAUGUGUGGUUUCCAUUUUAAAGCAUAAAUUUUUAAAGUGAUUUUGUUACCAAAUUUGUGCUAAAGAAUGUUCUAUAGUUUGCACUAAUAAACAUUGUUGUGGCCAUCAAAUAGUAAAAAGUAGUGAAGGUCACCAUUUUUGCUGAAAUAUAGCUAAGGUUAGAUGGGGUAGUGUAUGACUCGGUUAGUUUGAGCAGAGUUGCACGCCACUAUGGCUUUCAUGAGUUGUCAUAAAUAGUGCACGGCCUUUUCAUGUGACAUGCACAGUUCUCAAUCCCUACAGCCUCAUACACAAUGUCUGCCCAUUUUGUCAACUUCCCUAGCCUCCUAUUCUUUUCCUCAAAUGCUUUCUCAUCACUAACCUCUCAUUAUACAUAAUUAUUUCAGCUCGGCUGCACUCAGUCUUGCAAUUCACUGGCUUUUUCACAUCACAACUUAACAUUGUUAUUCCUUUUCUAGUCUUUUUAUAAUGCACAUGUUUUUCAGAAAAUCCAUUUCCACUGCAGGAAUUUCUUAUUUUUCAUAUUUAUGUAAUAGCCUCUUGCUUCUUUAAGUGUGAUACGGUACUAUCACACUUUAAUGCAGCCCUCAGUUGCAUCUUUUCCCAUUUAUUUUGAUUUUGAAAGAACAGUAAGGUUUCAUUGCACUAUAGUAACAACUUUCCUUCCCAGACUCGCUUUACUUUCAGCUCUGUUGCACACUUUCCUUUUUAUGCUAAUGCCACAACCAAGGUCUUAAAACUAAUUCAGCCAUGUCUAGUACUUCUUCAUGAACACAAUUGCCUUCUUUCUCCAACACCAUAACUACUUUUGAACAUAUUUACUUGAUAAUGGUUCAGGACGGACAAACUUUGUCAUUUCUUCGUUUUCUGAUGUGUGGUCUGGUGGUCAUACUUUCAACAGUUUUUUCUCGGAUCAAUGAAGCAUCCAACUAUUGUACACUAUUCUAUAUUCUUUGCUAAAAGAACUGCUUCACCUUCAUAAAUCAGAUUUCAUGCAAACCAUUUGCUUCCUCAAACAGAAGUUUCACAUCUUUCUCUUAAGCUCUUGCCUGCACUGACCCCAUCCAUAUUUUCAGUACCAUAGAUUAAGUAAACACAGAGACAUCACACAACCUUGGCUUAAAUUUAAACAUUACUUUUAUUUCACAGCAAAAUCCACCUCCUCUAUUACUGACAAGUUUCUCCAUUUUAUAUCAUACUCUUCCAAUCAAGAUGAUGACAAAGUUUACUCACAAUACAUGGUAGAACAAUGCCUCUUUAAUUCUUAAGCGCACUAUGUUUUCCCUGAUUAGGUAGCUGCUGUAGGGAUACCUUAUCUUUUUUUUUAAUAUAGAUAUGUAAUUAAUUUUUUUUAAUAUGUGGUUAAAGUUGCAGUAUUUGUGAUAUCUAGAGAAUGCUAUUGCGUAUCAUCAUGAACAUUUUAAGUCUUAUGCAUGGUACUAUACUGUGAAAAGGUCGCUAUUGGUGUUGGACCUUAUAGCCCCCUGGUGUUGCAAACUAGUGUCAUGCUGCUGUUGUAGCGUGUCUAAUAUGU